UUAAAAUUGAAAAAUUAGUAAAAAUAAUAUGGAAAAUUCUUCAGUCAAGAAAUCACAAUUAGGCUAUCAAUGUGUGGGGUGUGAAGAUUACUAUUUGAGAAUCUGGAUUAUUCCUGGAUGUCAGCAUUGAUAUUGAGAGGAAUGCUAUGAAGAGCUUAAGACAAAAAUCAAAUCUUCUAAGGUCCAAUGUAUAGCAAGAGGAUGACCAUUUUCUUAUGGUGAAGAAAGUCUUCCUAAGGAUAUAAAUGAUCUCUCUCGAUAUAUUGAGAGCAAGAAAGAACCCACUCCUGAAAAGAAAGUGGAGGUAGAAGAUUCUUGAGAUAAAAAUACUAUUGAACAAUUCAGAUUUCAAGCCCAGCCAGAGAACGAAGAGCCAAAGCACUGGAUAGCGAAGUAUUUGCUUAGAGUUUGUGAUCAAAUAGAAGAGGAUGAAUAUUUUAUUACUAAAUAAAGCAGAAUUAUAU